AUGUCAAUCAAUUCAGAGGCCAUCUGGGCCGCCUCUCCUACCACAACUCGCGGUCAGCCCAGCCCACUCUCCUCCGAUGCCAAAGGCGAGCGAAUUGCAUAUGCCUCGAACAAAUCCAUCUUCGUCCGCCAGAUCGACAAUCCUUCGAUAUCUAAGCAAUACACAGGCCACACUGCUCAGACAUCCGUAGCACGUUUCUCGCCCUCAGGCUUCUACAUUGCUUCAGGAGAUGUUUCAGGCAGUGUCCGAGUAUGGGAUAGCAUUGGCGCUGAAAACACCAAGGGCGAAUAUCACAUCAUAGCUGGAAGAAUCAAUGAUAUUGCUUGGGAUGGCGACUCACAAAGGAUCAUUGCUGUGGGAGACGGCAAGGAGAGAUUCGGACACUGCAUCACAGCCGAUUCAGGCAACAGCGUAGGAGAAAUCUCAGGACAUAGUCAACAGAUCAACUGUGUCGAUGUUCGCAAGCAGAGACCGCUGAGAGCUGCGACUGGAAGUGAUGAUAUGACUAUGUGCUUCUUCCACGGAGCGCCGUUCAAAUUCAACACCAGUGUACGAGGGAAGCAUACCAACACAGUCUGGGGCACGCAGUUCUCGCCGGACGGAGCCCAUUUGGUCACAGUCGGAAGUGAUAAGAAGAUUUGGCUGUAUGAUGGCAAGUCAGGCGAGGCCGUCAAGGAUAUUGGAUCUGGAGAGGAUGCACACAAAGGCAGCAUAUUUGGUGUCAGCUGGGACAAGGGCGGGAAGAAGUUGGUGACAGCCAGCGGAGACCAAACCGUCAAGAUCUGGGAUGCUGAAGCCGGAAAAUGUAUACAGACAUGGCGACUGGGCGACGAAGGUGUUGUGAGCGUCGCGAAUCAGCAAGUCGGCGUGACAUGGCCACAAGGCAGGAGCGAUGGCCUGAUCAUCUCGGUCGAUCUGGAAGGCAACCUGAAUUACUUCCAAGAGGGUAGUGCGAAGCCCGUGAAAGUCGUGACUGGACACCAAAAAGCCGUGACGUCUGCAGCAGCAUCUUCAGGCGGCAAGACACUUUGGACUGGAUCAUAUGAUGGUCGUGCGCGGGCGUGGGACUUGAGUUCUGGUGUAGGAGAUGCAGUCGAUGGCGAGAUGCACUCGAACUACGUGGCGGGCAUUGUCGCCUCGGAGAAGGAUGGCAGAAUAUACAGUGUCGGUUGGGACGAUACAUUGCGAACAGUCUCCGCAGAUCAAAAGUCCUUCACUGGAAGUGCUAUCAAGACAGAUGGGCAGCCGAAGGGCGUGGCCGUGGCUACAGUCAAUGGAAAGCCACAGACGCUGGCCGUUACCGCUUCAGGCGUGACAAGCUAUACAGACGGCGAGUACGUCUCGCAUCAAAAGACACCCACGCCGCCGACAUGUAUCGCGGCUUCAGGGAGCACGGUUGCGGUGGGAUCCGACGACAAGACGGUGCGCAUUUUUGAUGCUACUUCGCCAGCUUCCUUUGACGCGAUGCCAACGCUCAAAGAUGCCACCUCACCAAUCUCCACACUCGCCUUCUCACCAGACGGCAGCAAGCUCGCUGUCGGUCUCACAAAUGGCAAGAUAUACGUCUACAACAAUACAUCUGGAUCGUGGACGCUCGAGACGAAUCGCUGGUCUGCGCAUACCGCUCGCGUAACAUGCAUUGCUUGGAGUCCGGAUUCUAAGAAAGCUGUCAGCGGGGCCCUCGACACGAACGUCUUUGUAUGGUCGACGGCCGAUCCUGGCAAGCGAGUGAAAGCUCUCAACGCACACAAGGAUGGUGUCGGUGGUGUGAUUUGGCCAGAGGCCGACAAGGUCGUCUCGACUGGCGCAGAUGCCGCUAUCAAGGUCUGGAAGGUCGCCAAUGUGCCUUGA